AUGGCGCUGUGUUACAUAAGGCAAUGCGCGCGCGCAGCAGCCUGCCGGCUCGUAAAGCGGGACCACACGCGGGUGAGGUGUGAAGGCAGCGGCCGCGCCCCGGGAGCCCAGCGCAUAACUCACGGCCAGCGGGGCGCCGCCAUUCAUGCCUACCUGCCUCGAUGUAUCGACACGAGACACUCUGUCUACAUUGCACAGAUUGUUUCUUGUAUUAAA